UGGCCACCCACCACAACGGAUCAACUGGAGACCUCGAGAAGGGGGAGAUCAGAGCCACCAGCCCUCACCAAGCGCUCGGUAACGAUGCGGUGCUACCAGCCACCUACUCACAAGCCGUUCGUCCCUCAAGGAUUGGCAACCCUGGCGCUCUGGGGCUCUUUUCCUUCGCAUCCACGACAUUAAUUUUGUCGCUGUACAACAUCCGGACACGAGGGAUCACGCACCCCAAUCUUGUUGUCGGCAUGGCCAUUUUCUGUGGUGGACUCGCCCAACUCCUUGCUGGCAUGUGGGAAUUCCCCCGAGGCAAUGUAUUCGGCGGAACUGGCUUUACAUCAUACGGGGCGUUUUGGAUGUCGUACGCUACUAUCUUGAUUCCGGGAAGUGGAGUGGGUGCUGCCUAUGCAGAAUCCCCCGAUUCCGAAUUCCAAAGCGCCGUCGGGAUCUACCUCAUCACUUGGUUCCUGGUCACCUUCUUCCUGCUCAUUGCCGCGUUGCGCAAGAACGUCGGAUUCAUCUUCCUUUUCGCGUUCUUGGCUGUCACUUUCCUGCUGCUCGCGAUUGGAGAAUUCCUGAACUCUGUCAAGACGACCAAAGCUGGAGGCGUUCUCGGCGUCGUUACUGCGUUUAUAGCGUACUAUAUCGGCCUAAGCGAGCUUCUCGCCGCGGAAGACAUGGCCGUCACUCGUUUGCCUCUUGGAAUCUUCAACAAACGCGUGAAUUGAU